AUCACGAUGAACUGUCAAUCGGUUAGCAAAGUGGUCGAUUGAUUAUCAUUAUUUUAUUAAAUAUGUCACUACUAGGAUUAAUUUUGCUAUCAGUACAUGAGAAAUAUAGCUGAGGUUAUGGCUAACGGAACUAAGGAGAAAUGGGAUCCAGCCUUAUCUCGUUUGUUAACAUCUCUCCAACAAGCUAAAGAAUUGCCUUCAACUGAAGAAGAAUUGGGAUUUUUGAGCAAUCUACUUCAGUCUAAAGAAUUACACGCGUUAGUGAACGUUCACAAUAAGAUAAUUAGCAAUGGGGCUAGUGAUAAAUUUUUUCCUAUGUUAUCGACUUCGAUGCACGUUAUGUUUGAUGUACUGGAAGUCUUAGCACCUAAGACGCCCCUAUCCGAAGAUUGCAAAGAACUAUUUUAUUUACUGCAGCGACCGCACGUUCAGGGCUUGUUGUGCGCUCACGAUGCCAUCGCCCAAAAGGAUUACUAUCCUCAUCUGCCCGAAAUACCGGUCGAGGUCGACGAGGACGAAGAGACGAUUAAAAUCGUACAGCUGGUUAAGAGUAACGAACCGUUGGCGGGCGCUCAAAAUGCUGAGCCUAUUGUUGGAGCCACCAUAAAGACGGACGAGGAAACCGGAAAAAUUGUGAUAGCUAGGGUAAUGCAUGGAGGCGCCGCCGAUCGUUCCGGUUUAAUACACGUAGGCGACGAGGUCGUAGAAGUCAAUUCGAUUAACGUCGAGGGAAAGACGCCUACCGACGUCUUGAGUAUUUUGCAAAAUUCCGAGGGAACAAUUACGUUUAAGUUAAUACCGGCCGAUGGUAAGGGCAACGUGAGGGAGAGUAAAGUGAGAGUGCGCGCGCAUUUCGACUAUAGCGCGUUUGGCGACCCCUAUAUUCCGUGCAAGGAAGCGGGCCUUGACUUUGUGAAGGGCGAUGUUUUGCACAUCGUUUGCCAGGAUGACGCUUACUGGUGGCAAGCACGUAAGGAGGGUGAUCGCAAUAUGCGAGCGGGUCUGAUACCCAGUCGCGCACUUCAAGAGAGAAGAAUCAUCCACGACCGCACUCAGUCCCAAACGGAAAGCGACAAUGGUCUUUGCUCUGUUUCAGCUUUGCCUGUUUUAUCCUGCAGUCAGUCCCCGAAAUCCCCCCGUUGUGCAUCUAAACCUAAAACUAAAAAGAUUAUGUAUGAAACAGCUGAAAACGAUGAUUUUGAUCGGGAACAAAUCGCGACCUACGAAGAAGUGGCGAAAUUGUAUCCCCGACCGGGUCUUUAUCGUCCCUUAGUUUUGAUCGGCGCCCCUGGUGUUGGUCGAAACGAGCUAAAGCGGCGACUCAUCGUUACCAAUCCGGAUAAAUACAAAACGCCCAUUCCAUAUACGUCGCGCGCAAUGAAACCAGGUGAAGUAAACGGGAAAGAAUAUCAUUUCGUGACACGUGAGAAGAUGGAGGAGGAUAUCGAAGCGACGCGAUUCAUAGAGUUCGGCGAAUAUAAGGGGAAUUUGUACGGGACGUCAUCGGAGAGCGUCAAAGCUUUAAUCAACACCAAUCACGUUUGCAUACUAAGUCCCCACUAUCAAGCAUUGAAAAUGUUACGAAUACCUACCUUAAAACCUUAUAUCAUUUAUAUCAAGCCGCCCCCUCUGGAGGCGUUAAAGGAAACUAGAAAUGCUCUACACGCUCGUUCUACGUUUGACGUAAACAAUUCCAGAGGUUUUACAGAUGAAGAAUUUGAUGAUAUAAUUAAGGCCGCGGCUCGCAUAGAAUUUUUAUACGGUCACUUCUUCGACGAUGUUAUUGUUAACGAAGAUUUGGCCGUCGCGUUCACUCAACUAGUUGCUGCUGCUAAUCGCGUCGAAACGGAACCAACCUGGGUGCCUGCGUCAUGGGUUCAGUGAUCAUUAGGUUAUGCUUCAAAAAGCCAAAAAGUAUAUAAAUAUCUAUUGUACAAAUUAUUCUUUAAUGUUAUUCACGAAUUUGUUGCUCGAAAUGUUGUACGCUACUGAUAGUGGCGAUUUUAACUAAAAUUAAGUAUUAUCCCUACGGGCAGGGGGAGGUUGCAAUUGGACACUGUUCUUCUGGCAGUUGCAUUUGUUGAAUCACUGGUUUUCGUAGUGCAAAAUUGAGGAAUUGGUUUGUCUUAAUGUUAACUGUCUUAGUGGGUGGGUGUGAAGUUGGCUCUUCAUUUUUCAGGAAAAUUGCACUCAACCCGCACAGCACGGGAAGGACUAAGAUGUUUUUGUUAGCACAAUCGAACUUUGGAAAGUACCAACUUCACACAGACUUAUAUUAAAAAAUACACUGUUUUUGUCAAAUUACUUCAUGCAUAGCCAUGUCUUAUUAAUCAAAUCAAAUUUGUUAAUCUUUUAGAGUUAACACUGCCAUCUUGUACUUCAAUUCUAAAUUGAUGUUAGCUUAUAGUAUUUUAACCACAUCUUUAUUUAUCCCCAUUGUUUUAUUUACAUGUUUAAGCCAAUUGUGGAACUAAUGACUGCUAGCAUUAGCACGUGACUGUACUAAGCCUAUAGUUUUUAAAGACAUCGAUUCUGCUCAUAAUUGUUGAAGUUUAAUCGUCGAGAUCCGAUGUAAGUUCUCUCAUGUGUUGCCCACUUGCCUUGUCAGUAUUUUUUUAUUUAACGACACAUUAAAUAGGUUUAGCCCAAAAUGACAAAAAGCCGAGUCGCACAACACUGCAUUGUUAUUUUGGGCCUUCAGUGUAAUGAAGUUUUUAUUGGUAGGUUGGAUGGAGCAAUUGUAAAUCGUUACUUUAGAUUUUAGUCAAAUUAAAAACUGUAAAUUGUGCCAAUACAAUACUAUUUCCACAAAAUCUAUUUUGAUUGUAGAUGCUUGUUAAAACUAACUAUUAGACGGAUCUUUACUCUUUGACGUGUGGAAUUAUUACACAGGAUGAAUACAAUUUUAUUGUUAAAUUUAAUGGAAUCCUUAGAAAUUUA